UAUGGCCGACAUUGACGACGUUUAUGGAAUGUUGGGUAAGCCCCGGUGGGAGGACAAACAGCAAUCAUAUCUCAUCAUAAUUUUUGGUUCAUCUACAGGCUUCGGUCGCAUGCAGCGGACCAUCUUUGUGUGCUGCAUAUUGAUUCAGGCGUACAUUACCAACGAACAGAUGGGUUUGGCUUUGGUUGUGGCCUCGAGCGCCUGCGAUCUGCACAUUGAUGAUCACCGCAUGUCCUGGCUAAUGAGCGCCGUCUUUACCGCUCAGAUCCUGGCGAGCCACUACAUGGGCGACAAGGCUGAUGACAUCGGGAGACGCAAACUGAUGCUCAUAUCGGGGUCACUGAUGAUUCUCUCUUCUCUUCUCUCGGCCCUCAUGCCCGAGUUUUGGUCCUUUUUGGUGAUGCGCUUCCUAGUUGGUGUCUUUGUGAGUGGACCGGCAGUGGCUAUGCAGACCUACUUGAGCGAGUUCACAAAGUUCUCCCUGCGCCCCAAGGUGCUUAACUACGUUAGUUAUGCCAUAGGUCUUAGCAUGAUCAUUGUGCCAUGUACUGCUGCACUGAUCGACGUAAAUAUCCUCAUCUACAAUGAUUACAUCUUCUCUAGCUGGCGACUUCUGAUCCUGCUGAACCUGCUGCCUGGUUUGACUGCGUUCGUUAUGCUUUAUCGACUGCCCGAAAGUCCUAAGUAUUAUCUAUCGGUUAACGAGAAUGGCAAGGCCCUGGCGGUGCUGGAGGAAUGCUGCCGCAUAAACAAGGGCAAGGAUGUUACCUUGGCCAGUCUAGGAGUGAACUCCGUCACGCAGCCACGCUUGCGUGGUGCUACCAUCAAGCGGAACUGUGUGGCUCGCCUGUGGUACGAGUCGCUACCGCUCCUGCAAAAACCUUACGUUCGUAACUUUUUCCUCACGUCCACAGCUGUUUUUGUGCAAUUUGGCUUGAGUUUCGGACUGGGCGUUUGGAUGCUACGCAUACGCCAUCUUAUUCUUCAAGUCGAGGAGAACGAAACGAUCUGUGUGCUGAUAAAAGAGCAUGGAGAUAAGAAAAUGAAGCUUCCUACGGUACGCCAAGGGGUCUUAAAUAUGUUUCUGUAUCUGUAUAUAUUUUUACUUUGUAUCAUUUGUCCUUUCAGUGUGAUUUACGCUUUGAAAAUGUGAUGGACUCCAUUUACCACGGUAUCUUUGUGCUUUUCCUCUUCAUUUUGACCAGCUUUCUCCUGAUGUGCAGUCGGCGCAGAACCAUAAUAUUGCUAUACCUUCUGUCGGCUGCCCUUGCUGGUUUCAUGUGCAAUUUUGCUCAGUACGAUACGCUGAUUUUGAUUGUAUUCCUGAUUGUCAUUGUUCCGCCGAUAUGCAGCCUGCGGCUGACCCUAUCGCUACUCAUCGAUCUGGUUCCCACUCAUCUCAGGUGAGGUUUCCUUCGGUGUCCUUCCUUGUCUUUAUUUUGUGUGUGUAUUUGCAUUUCUCUAGGGGUAAAGCAGUUGCUCUGGCCUUGAUCUUCGGACGGGCAGGUGUUCUGUGUGCCAGUUUAUUCAUCGGCUACACUCUGAGGGAUCAUUGCUAUUUCACCUUCAAUGGCUUUGCACUGGCCAUCACCGGUAAUACUCAAAUAUUUGAUGGAGUUUAUAAUUAUAAUGAAUAAUUAUGAGUUCUCUUGUAGCUGCCACGAUCGUUAUUCUGCUGCUACCUUCCGAGAGUAAAAUGAUGGACCGUGUUUCCAACUAGAGUCACCUACUAGUCUGCCUGAAUACCCAUACCCAUGCCCAUCCUGAAGCAUCCCCUGCCUUAUCAACAGAAUAUACAGCAUGACGGUUACGUGAUAUGCGUUAUUAUUUGACAGGCAUGCUUCAUUAAAACUUUUUGGCAGCAGCUCGAAUGAAGUGGUUCGAUAUGGGGCGAUGUGCGCACAGUAAGGACAGGACAAGGGCAAUGGGGUGUCUUAUCUGUCUAGCCAAUCAAUCAAUUGGGCGCACAGUACGAAGUGAAAAUUUUAUAUCCGCCGCCCCUACGGCAACAAAAAAGGAUUAUGGUUUGCCAUAGUUCAAAUCAUUUUUUUCUUUUUUUUUCAUUUCUUCCCGCCAGCCAAGAAAAGUAAAAUAAACGUCAAAUACACUUGCCGACAGAUG